CUCCUGAGACUGCGACAGUCAGCUGACACCUUUUGCAGUCAUGCUCCCUUCAUCCAUCUCCCCUGCUAUGGGGCUGUCCAUGCUCCGAGAUUGGUGCAGGUGGAUGGGUGUGAAUGCGCAGCGCUGUCUGCUCAUCAUGGGCAUCCCUGAUGACUGCGAGGAAGAUAAGUUCCGAGAGAUACUGCAGGCUGCGCUGAGACCCCUGGGCAGAUACCGGGUGCUCUGCAGGGUCUUUAGGAAGGAGCUUGGAGCCAGGGUCACUUUGGUUGAGUUUGCUGAGUAUUUAAACCGAAGUUUGAUCCCCCAACAAAUACCAGGCAAUGGGGAGCCUUGGAGUGUGAUCUUCCUGCCCCAGGUCCCUGAUUCUGAGUUUCAGGAGUGUCGAAACCUCCCUGCACAGCCCCAGGGGGAAGAAAUGGGAGAAAGCAUGGGUAAGGGAGCUGCAAGUGAGGGAGGAGCUGCAGCUGAGGAAGAAGCUGCGGCUGAGGCAGGUGCUCCUGGUGAGGAAAGAGCUGCAGGUGAGGCAGAAGCUCCUGAUGAGGAACGAGCUGAAGGUGAAGCAGGAGCUGCACGUGAGGAAGGAGCUGCAAGUGAGGCAGGAGUUUCAGGUGAGGCUGGAGCUGCAGGUGAGGCAGGAGCUGCAGAUGAGGCAGGAAUUUCAGGUGAGGCUGGAGCUGCGGGUGAGGCAGGAGCUGAAGGUGAGGCAGGAGUUUCAGGUGAGGCAGGAGUUUCAGGUGAGGCAGGAGCUCCUGGAGAGGAAGAAUCUAUAGAUGAAGAAGCUUCAGGGGCUGCAGCUGAGGCAGAAGCAGCAUAUGAAGCAGGGCCUGAAGAUGAGGAAGGAGCUGAACUUGAGCCAGGAGCUGCAGGUAUGGCAGGAGUAGCAGAUGAGCCAGGAGCUGCAGAAGAGCCAGGAGUAGCAGGUGAAGCAAGAGCUGUAGGAGAGCCAGUAGCAGCAGCACGUGUGGCAGGAGCUGCACGUAUGGCUGGAGCUGCAGGUGAGCCAAGAGCAGCAGGGGCUGCAGGGGAGCCAGGAGCAGCAGAUGUGGUAGGAGCUGCAGGAGAGCAAGGAGCAGCAGGGGAUGCAGGUGAGGCAGGAGCUGCAGGUGAGGCAGGAGCUGCAGGCGAGGCAGGAGCAGCAGGGGGUGCAGGAGUUGUGGGUAUGGCAGGAGCUGCAGGUGAGGCAGGACCUCCAGGAGAAGGGGCCUGGGAUGCAGCAGCAGUGACCCAUCUUAGAGCAGGAGCCCAGCAGUGGGCCCAGGCACUGCAGCCUAUCCUGGAAAACAUGGCAUACCAGGAACUGAGAGCCUUUUCCGGGAUCGCAGAGCCAGAUCCUGAGGAAGAAGAGUCCUUCGAGAGCUGGCUGAACCACGCCAAUGACAUGCUGUACCUGUGGCGCCAUAUUUCAGAGAGGGAGAGGAGGAGGAGGCUGGUGGAGUGCUUGGAAGGCCCUGCCCUGGAUGUCAUCUUUGAGCUCCUGGAAGAGCACCCAGACACCCCUGCACAGGACUGCCUGGCCGCGCUGGUGCAGGUGUUUGGGAACAAGAACAUCCAGGUGACCGCACGGCUGAAGUUCCUGAUCUGCUCACAGGGGCCUCAGGAGACGCUCUUGGCCUAUGUGGAGCGCCUGGAAGGCCUCCUGCAGGCAGCUGUGGAGAAGGGAGCCAUCCACCCAGCCACCACAGACCAGAUGCGAGCCCGGCAGGUGCUGAUGCGGGCCAGGCCAAACUGGACUCUCCAGAACAAGCUGAGAAGGAUGCGGCUGGAGAGGAGACCUCCUGGCUACUUGGCGCUGCUCCAGCUGGUGCGGGAGACCGAAGCCUGGGAGGCUGCCUUGGUUGGGAAAGAGCAGUUGGGAGGUGAGGCCGCCGAGGCUGGGCCAUCCCACAGAGAGGCUGCUGGGCCUGCCCCUGCCGUGGAAGAUGCGUCGCAGGCCUCCUCAGUCCAGGAAGAGGCCAGCGGCGAGGCUGCUCCCGAUCCUGAGUGUGCUGCUGAGGCUGCUUCUGAUGCCGAUGAUGCCACAAAGGCAGCCACUCAGGAAGAUGAAGAAGCCUUCGGUCCUGCAGGCCAGGGCCAGGCAGGGCCCUCUGAUGCCCCUGGGGCUCCCACGGCCCCGAUAUGCAGCGUUUCUGGGGCAGGUCCAGAAGGGCCUGGCUAUGGGCCAGAGAGCCUCGCCCAGGCAAGAGAGCAGGAGGCUGAGGAGCCCAUUACGGAGGGGCUUAAGGCUGUCCUGGAAGAGUUGGGAAACAAGGAUGAGGCUGGGGAGAUGAGCCACCCCGAGUUCUCCUCAAGAGAAUAGGCUCAGAAUGCCCAGGGGCUGCCUCUCUGCUCAGGCGGCAGAGCCCUGGGGUCGGAGAGGUGAGGCCAGGGCUGUAUCACCUGCACUUGGAGCUGGACUCAGGGAAGGGCAUCACCAGCCCAAAACAAACUCUCCCAUCUUUCCACUCCCCAAAGGGCCCCAGUCCCGCACCUCCUGCCCUUCCAAGUGACCCAGGUGACCCACAUCUGCCACUAAAUGGGGUGGGUGGUGAGAGAUGCCCCUCCCCAUGGUAGCAUCACCCCAGAUACAGCCUCAAAACCUACCCACUUGGGUGGCCAGCCUGGAGGCACCAUGAGGGCCAGCUGUGCCUGGAAUGAGGGCCCUUGAAGAUGUUUCCCCCAAGCCCACUUGCAGAUGUUAGGGAGAACAGACUGUCUCAAGGGUACCAACUCCUCAGCUCUCCCAACAGGGGACCCCCCCAUUCAUUGGUCCUGUCCCUGGGGUAGACUGUUCCCUGUCCUGGGAAGCCCACCCUUAUCUGUAGGACCCCUAGUGACCCACAUGUGAGACAAAUGCCCAUACCCACACUAGCUGCUGUUCCUGUACAACACUUAAAGUAGUGUGUGUGUGUGUGUGUGUGUGUGUGUGUGUAAAACCCCAGUGGAAGUUCUUGCUCAGGUGGCCACCCAGCUGACCAUCUGCAGUCCAGGGCACAUGCUGUGCGCUUCUUUCUGAGCCAUUCAAGGCUCUGGCCACUCCUGUCAGUGUCAGGAGGUCAACCUCUGCUUUCUACAAGUAGAUCUAGGCCAGUUGCUUGCUGCUUAUUCUUGUGUGUGUUCUUAUCUGAGCAGUUCCUGCCCACAGUCCCUCAGCCCAGUCAUAGAGGGGAAGGAUGGAAGAUGGAGUGGUUGGUGUUCACCCAAUGACUGUGACCAUAAACUUGGAAAGAAAAAAUUGGACUAUAGAUGGAGAAGAAAUCCAGGGACUGUGCUUUGAUGUUUCAUUCCUGUUGCUACUUGUUACUCUGUUCUUGGUGUGGUGAGGUGUUCCCUGCUGUGCUUUCUGAUGUCUUGUGACUAUUUGUGCUAGCCAUAGGGCAGGGCUCCUCCACAGUGGGUCAGCCUCAUAGAGAAUCUCCUAGAAUGUGCAUGGCCAGAGACCAUAUCCUGUCAAGAGGCAGAUUUAGGCCCCUUGAGAAGGUACAACAUGGCUGAAGGGCCCCAGCAUGACUGGUGGAUAAGGCACCUUGUCAGAAACCCUGGAGCAGAAUAGGAACCUGUGGCCUGUAGUGAUUGUGAGGAGCUCUUAUCAAUCGAGUCAUCUUCUCUUCAAUGGUCUUAGUUACUGUUUCUCUUCAGUAAAUCUCAUUGAAUAUUCCAAGUGAGCCUCCUCUCUGCAAUGGGAAAUUGAGGGAGGGGUCUCCUUGGAAAUAGCGUGGUGGGAAAAAAAUAAUGGGGCCAUUAUUCUGACCUUAUGAGGUAUGGUUUCCUACAUGCUAUUGGUUGCCACACCUUCAAAGCUUGCCAUAAACAAAGUUCAGUGAUUGAUGGCUCAAAAAAGUCUCAGCAGCAAGCCAGAAGGUGCCAGUGGGCAAGAUAUUGGUGGGUGAGGGCAGUGACUGCUGGGAUCUCCACCCCCUCCAUAAUUAGCCUUUGAGAAAGAACUAAGGUGUUGAAGAAUGCAAGAGAAUAAAGUCAGGAGACCUACCUGUCCUACUUAUUUAAAAUAGUUCCCUAGUUUAGUAUGUUUACCCUAUGUCUGAAGUAUGGUACUAGAACAUUUGUGAUCUCUUUGGGAACACAGCCUGGCUACAGAGUGCAGCACCUUUAACUGCCUGCGCUUUGGGGAGUAUUUGGCCAGCGUGUGUGCGCCUGCGCAUGCAUGCACCAGGUUGGUCCGCGCCUAGUCUAUGUGGCCGUGAUGAGUGCACCUGCCUACGCCGCCAUUUCCUGCGGUUUCGCGCUCAGGCGCGGAGCCCACCGGGAUAUGCGACCUGCUACUGGGCGAAAUGGCUGUUCCCGGCAAGCCCGGCCUCAGCGGGAUUCUCCUGAGGCCGUGCCCACGACGGCCGCCAGGUGGUGCUGGAGGAUCACAAAUGGGCCCGGCCGCUCUUCUGGGAACCGCCCCGUGGGCCCUGGGCGGUCGCUGCCCUUCCCCCAUCACGUGGUUUGGGGCGACGUCCCCCUGGCCCUGCUUGGGGUGGCCCCGCGUGGACCGUCCGAAGGUCAGGGGAGGUGCGGGGAGCGGUGCCGUCGUGGUCACGAGUGGAAAGGGAAGUGCGCACAGCCCAUCCCCCCACCCCGCCCUUGUCCCUCAGAGCUGCGCCAGGGCAGGGAGGUUAGCAAGAGUCAGUUUUACUCCAUAUCUCUUUCAAAUUAAAGGAAAAAUCGCUACAUUUGAGCACCCCUCCACAAGAAGGAGCUGGUGCACCAAGAGGCCCACUUUGGCUCCUGGGAGAAAGCAUUCAACCCCUACGAUGAUUCUGUAGUCCAUACAUCAGGUGUCACAGAAGGCUGAGAGCUUAGACAGAGGUCAGGAACGGGAGAGAGAUCUGCAGCAGGACUACCUGCUGUGUAAGCAGCUCUUGGGCCAUCUCGUCCGACAGGCCCUAGGGUCUCAGAGGUGUCCACGCGGGAAAGGAUGCAGUGUGAGGUGUGAGGCCAGCGCCCAUGGGCGAAUUGCUGCCAGUCAGCCCAUGGGGUUCUGGAACCAUGGGGUUCUGGGUCACGCUGUCUGUAUCAGAACAUUGUAUGCCUCUCUAGAAACAGACCCGGCCCUGUUUCUGGGCCCUGAUAGAUACAGUGGUUGACUACGGGAGGCCAAAUAACUGUGUGUCUGGAACUUCCUAUUAUGAGCUGAGUCCCAUCAGACCCAUUAGGUAUUUGGGUAUGAGAUUAUAAUGGAUAGCAUCUCUAUUCCAUCUGCAUUCACCUAGGGAUGUCUGUGAAGGACAGUAAGGAAGGAAGACUUUCCCAAUGGGUGGGACUUUUAUAGUGCAUCUUGUAAUUCACUUUGUAUGGAAAGAGAAGUGGCCCAACAUAGGAAUAUACACAGAUUUCUGAGUAGUGACCACUGGCCAAAUCAAAAACGUAUUAAUGCCUUCCAGAAAACAUCAGGAAUUGAAGUGGAUUGAACAAUCAGAUAGGAAAAAUGAGUCAGCUAGCUGGCAUUACCCACUUUUCAUCACCAGCCAGUGCAAAACUGACAGCAUGGGCAUAUGAAGACGGUGGCCACAAUAUGAGAGAUGUUGGGCCCAACAAUAUGGAGCCCCACUUACCAAGGUCUUUACUGCUACUAUUGACUGUAUAUGUCUCAUGUGCUCACAACAGAUCAAAGCUAAGACCCUCGUAAGGCAUCAUUUCUCCACGUUGGUUCCCUUUUCUCUAGGAGGAGCCAACAGUUCUUUCUUAAAGAAUAAAAAGCUAUUCUGAGUUUUUCCUUUCCUUGUGGCAGAACUUCAGUCUACAUCACUAUCCUGGGGUUUCCACAGUGUGUGAUCUGUAGGGCUGGAAUCUCACAGAACAUGGACUUCUAGCAGGGGACACACAUCAGAGUAAAGGAGGUGUGUGAGUGGGCAUGUGAACAUGGGACCCUCUGCAGUCACACACUGCAUCAGCCAGAGCUGUUGUUUGGUAGAUUGUGGGAAUGGCCUGCCGAAGGUGCAGCCGAAGCACAGAUUUGGCGGUGAUACCCUGUAAGGAUGAGCUGCCAUCCUCCAGGAUGCAGCCAUAUGUGCUGAAUCAGGGAGCUCUAGGUGGCACUCUGUUCCCAGUAGGAAGGACACUUGAGUCUUUGAGCUAAUGGGUGGGGCCACAGUGGUCUCACUUUCCAUCUUUCCCAGUGACUUAAUUAGGGGCUAACUUUGCGGUUCCCAACUCCUCAACUCUCAGUUCUGCAGAGGUUUUGGUCUUUACGGAAAGGGCACUCUCACCAGGAGAUAUGGCCCGGGUCCCAUUGGACUCAUAGCUGUGACUGCUGGGUGGAUAUUUCUGGGGUUCCUGUGUCCAGAGAGUAUUAAGCAGGAAGAGUAACAAUCUUGGUAGGGGCAAUAGUUGCUUAUCAAGGAAGAGGCAGGACUGCAUCAACAGUGGGGGCAGGGAGGAAUAUGUGGGCAACCCACAUGAUCUCUGUGGGUGACUCUUGGUGCUCCCUGGUGUGACUGGAGCUGUGGGUGAACAGUUAGAGCAAUGCUGGCCUGAUAAGAAUUUUGGUCCCAGGGAAUCAGACCCUCAGGGAUGAAGGAAGUCACCAGCACUGCAGAGGUGAUAGUUGAGGCUGAGGGAAAAAGAGGAUAGUGGAAGAGGGGAAUCAUGGAGAUCUGCAGUCACAGGACUGACUGCAGUGACUGGAGGUUAUACUUUGUCCUACCUUACAGCUCAUUCCUUCUAAAUGUACCUUCAGAUGGGCCCACCAGAGCCAAGGAGGAAUUUCUCUGAAGACAUGGAAUAAUGGAGCCAUGUGGCUAAGAGAUGGCCUAUGGCAGCCAUGGAUGUGGACUAAUGAGAUGUGGCUUCAGUGGAGAACUUGCUCUCAGUCAUGAUCCAAGUUCAAUGCUGUCAGAAUCUCCUGCAGCAUUUGGGCUGAGGCCAAGCUAUUUGCAGUCAGCUCUCAGUUGGUCGCUUAGCACAGCAGGAUGCUGGGUCAUUUAUGCUCAGUGUGGCCCUCCUCUAUGGGGCAUCUUUGCAUCCGAGCUUUCUGCUGGGCUGCACUACAGUCCUGAAGCUCUUCCAUCCAACCCCUCUUCCCGAUCCUUCAUCUUCUACAGGUGUCAGGUCUGUACUGCAGCUGAAGGAUCUUCCUACCUUUCAUGUGGCUUCUCCACUUUACCUUUGCCAAUAAAUCCUUUGCACUCAGAAUCCCAUUUUGGCUUCCUGGAGAAUUCAAACUGACACGUUUGAUUUAGUGUUAAAAAGAACCUCACCUGCUCCUCCCUCAUAGAGUAGGUAGGAGAAAAAGCCUAAACACUCCUUGCUCAUACAUAUUGCUUUUAAAAUCAUCUUUGAAACGUUGAAUAUUUUCUUAAAUGGUCUUUAAUGAGUGGAGGUUGCUCAACUGGGGUUUCUACUUUUUAGUCAAUUCAGCAUUGUAGAGGAUUUGCCCAAGGGAUUUGUAGGCUGAUCAAGGAAAAUUUACUACCACAAGGGCGGCAGUAACAGAAGCAGCUUUAUUUACCCAGACGUGUUCAUAUUGGAGGGAAAAUCCUCACAGUAGGAGACCAUUGUGGUACUUAUAGUGGGUAGGGGACAGCUACACCGAAAGGAAUGAAGGUGAAGGGACUCUUAGAGGAGAGGGGACUAGAGAGGGAGCUUAUGCUUAUAAGCAAUGCCAAAUUGUGUAGUUUCUAGGUCAGAAAACUCUAGGGGGCAGCUGUAGAUUGAAGUCUUAUAACUAUAAGCCUCUACCUUAUGAGUAGCCAGCAAAUGUGGUAUGAAAUUUUGUAAGAUACACAAGGAACAGGCUGUGAAUAACUAAAGAUUU